UAUCCCAUUAUUUUCGGGCCUUUCUGGGGCUUUAUUUUUUAAGACUUGCUCUUUCUUCCUCAUUCUUGUCUCAACUCUCGUUGAAGCAACAUCAUUUUGGUCUGCUCUUCAAUUUCCUUGGAUUAUUUUCUUAUUUUCUUCUUCUCUGAUUAUGGCUCGUUUUAAGACUACUGGUAAGACUACUGGGCGCAGGUGCCGAUCUCGCCCUUACCCUAGGGCCUCUCCUUCCUAUCGCCACUUCCAGAUUGGCCGCCUGUUUGAUGAUUUGGACAACUAUUUGGUCAAUCCUAUUGAUGACCCUGUUCUUCCUGACACUUCUUCUUCUUCCCACUCCUCUCGUUCUUCCAUGGAUGUGGGUACUCAGACUGACCCUGUGGUGAUCCUUCCUGCUGGUUCUGCUCAUGAAGAUUCUGACACUGCGCCUGACUCUCUACCCCGUCCUCCAACUCCUUAUCCAUCUGGCUCUCCAUCCUAUUCUCCUACGUCUCCUCGUAGUCCUUCCCCUGGGCCUUCUUCUCCUGCCAGUGUCGUCAUGAUUGAGCCUAACCAAGUACCCCCUGUUGACCUUCCCUUUGAAACCCCUUUUCCUUACAGGUUUCUUGAGUCUUCUGGCUCUUAUCUCCCCAUUUGUGAGUGUUUCCCCCUGAGUGUCUGUACCCACAUAAGCUCCUCUGGGUCUAAUGAAUAAACAUGGUGGUCUUUUUCUAAAUGGUCUCCUGUUGUGGUAAUUUCUUAAGCAUAGGCUGAAUAAGAUAGCUUUAAGCUAGGUUUUUAAUUCUUUAUAC